ACCAGAAAAACAAAACAGUUUCCAGAAACUCAACGUCGCCGACCUAAUCCUCAUAAACAUCACGAUUUGAAUUCCGAGGAAAGAUCAAACCUUUUUUCGGAUACUCAUGGCAGAGGAAGUUAAAGGUGGAUGCUUUAUACCUUACAUUCACUCCCAAACCCUAAAUUUCCACUCCCAUGCCGUCUCCUCCGUCAAAUUCUCCACCGACGGCCGUCUCUUAGCCUCCGCCUCCGGAGAUAAAACAAUCCGCACUUACGCAAUCGACAUUGCUCAAGAAGAUUCCAUCGCCAAGCCCGUUCACGAGUUUUCCGGCCACGACAACGGUGUAUCGGAUAUAGCCUUCUCCUCCGACGCGAGGUUCCUCGCCUCAGCUUCCGAUGACAAAACCCUUAAGCUAUGGGACGUUGAAACUGGUUCUGUGAUCAAAACGCUAAUCGGACACUCUAAUUACGUGUUUUGUGCUAACUUCAAUCCUCAAUCCAACAUGAUUGUCUCUGGUUCUUUUGAUGAGACUGUUCGGAUUUGGGAUGUUAAAUCUGGCAAAUGCUUGAAAGUUCUUCCUGCGCAUUCUGUUCCUGUGACUUGUGUUGAUUUCAAUCGUGACGGGUCUCUGAUUGUUUCAAGCAGCUACGAUGGGUUGUGUCGGAUUUGGGAUUCUGGAACUGGGCAUUAUGUGAAGACCUUAAUUGACGAUGAGAAUCCUCCUGUUUCCUUUGUUAAGUUCUCUCCCAACGGCAAAUUCAUCCUCAUUGGCACACUCGACAAUAAGUUUUUUGCCUUCUUUAAUUUCGCCGUAAUACUCGAUCAGAACAUUGUUUCCUCUCUGGUUCUCUCUGAUUUCAUUAUACAAAAAUACAUUUUUCAAGUAUCAAUAAAGUGAUCAAACUAACUCAGUA